AUGCCAAACACACGUCGUCACUUACAGGGCCAUAAAAAGGUAGGUGGGUGUUUGGAGUUAGUGAGUUCAGGUGUUCACACACCUGUAGACGAGUCAAUGUUUGUUCAGAGGACGUCCAGGUCCAAGACCAGGAAGAGAGUCCAGGUCCAAGACCAGAAAGAGAGUCCACGUCCAAGACCAGAAAGAGAGUCCACGUCCAAGACCAGGAAGAGAGUCCAGGUCCAAGACCAGGAAGAGAGUCCAAGACCAGGAAGAGAGUCCACGUCCAAGACCAGGAAGAGAGAGUCCACGUCCAAGACCAGGAAGAGAGUCCAGGUCCAAGACCAGGAAGAGAGUCCACGUCCAAGACCAGGAAGAGAGUCCAGGUCCAAGACCAGGAAGAGAGUCCAGGUCCAAGACCAGGAAGAGAGUCCACGUCCAAGACCAGGAAGAGAGUCCAGGUCCAAGACCAGGAAGAGAGUCCAGGUCCAGACCAGGAAGAGAGUCCAGGUCCAAGACCAGGAAGAGAGUCCAGGUCCAAGACCAGGAAGAGAGUCCAGGUCCAAGACCAGGAAGAGAGUCCAGGUCCAAGACCAGGAAGAGAGUCCACGUCCAAGACCAGGAAGAGAGUCCAGGUCCAAGACCAGAAAGAGAGUCCACGUCCAAGACCAGGAAGAGAGUCCAGGUCCAAGACCAGGAAGAGAGUCCAGGUCCAAGACCAGGAAGAGAGUCCAGGUCCAAGACCAGGAAGAGAGUCCAGGUCCAAGACCAGGAAGAGAGUCCACGUCCAAGACCAGGAAGAGAGUCCAGGUCCAAGACCAGGAAGAGAGUCCACGUCCAAGACCAGGAAGAGAGUCCACGGUCCAAGACCAGGAAGAGAGUCCACGUCCAAGACCAGGAAGAGAGUCCACGUCCAAGACCAGGAAGAGAGUCCAGGUCCAAGACCAGGAAGAGAGUCCACGUCCAAGACCAGGAAGAGAGUCCAGGUCCAAGACCAGAAAGAGAGUCCACGUCCAAGACCAGGAAGAGAGUCCACGUCCAAGACCAGGAAGAGAGUCCAGGUCCAAGACCAGGAAGAGAGUCCACGUCCAAGACCAUUUUAA